CCUAUAAAAGGAAGGCUGAACUCCUAACGGAUGAUUCCUGUCCGGGCCUUUGUAGAGCACUAGAAACGUCAAAGUGAGUGAGUAGAUUUUUAAUUUGUCCUUCCUUAAUGAUGGCUAUGCGAUUGAAAUACAUGCGAUAUUGAAGACUGCCGCCAGUUCCUUGUUCAAAUUGGUCAGAUUGCAUUGUGCUCCAUGGAUUUGAUUAAUUUCAACCAGAGCUAGAUCUGCCGCCUUAACUCUCUCUUCAUUGAUAAUCCAUCCUUUGAUUAUUAAGUGCUUUUCGUAUCAGCCUUUCACAUCUGCCUGCGCUUAUCUAAUAAUUAGCUCCAGAUUUAACGACGAGUUGAUUUUGUGUCCAACAGCAAUGUAAUUUGUUAGUAUCUUGAUCCAUUUUGCUUAACACCCUGAUUUAAACGCAGUUGGCAAAUUGUCCUUUUGAAUGUAUUGUUCGGAAGGAGGCAUUCCAUUGCAAAGGAAGAAGGCGUUUCUAUUCCUUUUAUAAUUAUGCAGGGGAAAUGGUAUUUUGGCCAAGUACAGCUUGCCCUACCCAGGUGAUAAAAUUUCCACUGGCUGAGAUACCCUCUUAGUUAGAGCUGGGAACUGACUGCUUUGCAUAUAGUCACCUGGUGUCAGCAUCCUCUUCAUAACCUUCUGGCUUCAUGUUUUCGAUCAACUCAAUUUAGCCCAGAUAUGCUGCUGAAGCAUAAUAGGGGAAGGGCCAUAGAUCAGUGGUGCAGCCCAUGCUUUGUAUGGGAAAGUCCCAGGUUCAGUUGUGGGCAUCUCCAGCUACAGAGGUCAACGUCUAUUGAAUCAGAUCAGUCCAUCUAGCAACUUUCCAGGAUUUAAGAUGCUGGAGAUUGAACCUGGAACUGGAGACGAUUCCCCCACACGGUGUGCAGGGCCAGGAAGGCACCUUCCUACCUCCUUCCCAAAGCCUAGUAAACGCUUGCUUCAGGAAGGAGGUGUGAGGGCCCUGACAGGGUCCUAGAGUCCUCCCUCCUCCUUUCCAAAACCUAGUUAGUGCCUGCUAACCCUAUGCAGUACAGAGGUACCUAUGCAGUACAGAAGUAAGACAAAUUCAAUGGAAUAGUCCAAUAUACAGUCGUACCUUGGUUGUCGAACGGAAUCUGUUCCGGAAGUCUGUUCGACUUCCGAAAACAUUCGGUAACCAAGGUGCGGCUUCCGAUUGGCUGCAGGAAGCUUCUGCAGCUAAUCAUAAGCCACGGAAGCCGCGUCGGACGUUCGGCUUCCAAAGAAUGUUCACAAAUCGGAACACUCAGUUCCAGGUUUUGGGCGUUUGGGAGCCAAAACGUUCGACUCGCAAGGCGUUUGGGAUCCAAGGUACGACUGUACUAUCUUUCUGCAUGUAUUACAAAGAUUACUACAUGCAUAUUUUUAAUACAGUUACAUGCAUUCCUUUAUGGAUCUCUUUAUGUGCUUGCUACUUUAGGAAACACGGAAUGUAUAUGCAAAUAACAAUUGGUAUUUAACCAAGUUUUACUCAGAGCACACCUGCUGAAAUUAGGGAACAUGACUAAUUUAGUUCCACUACUUAGUCUCCAAGUAAAACUUGGUUGAAUAGCACAUAAUACAUGUGUAAUAUGAUACGCAUGCAUUUAAUAUGUGUGAGUCUUAUUUGUAUUUUUAGCAGAACCAGUAAAAAUAAAUAAAUAGCCCACUUCUCAUCAAGAUCAAGGAGUGAUGUAGGAGGGGUGUUUUUUGGGGGGGGGGCAUGCAGAUAAGCUUGACACUGUGAUUUGCAGAAAAUCUCAUCCCUAGUAGAGUGCAGAAUUUUAUUCUUUCCUAAAUAGGAUCUAGUAUGACACUCUUGAUAUAUGCCUUAUGUGGAGAGGUGUGUCUGGAACUUUCACUAUACAGUUUUGUUGAAUGCUAAAUACACAUCUCUAUGCCCUGCCCUUUGACACCUGAGAUAUGUGGUUUCAGGAUACCCACACCCCAUACCUGAGAUUGUAACUUGCUUUAACUGACCUAACCCCUCCCCAACAACUUACAAACCAAUAUGGCUAACCUGACACAACAACAAAAAAGCCCGCACACUAACAUGCAAAUAAACCACACUGCAACCAACCGAACAUAGCCAACCAAACCUUAGACCCUCCAGUCUCUCACAAUGCCAAUAAAAACAAAUAACUAUAUAAAUAAAGGACCUACUCAUGAAACGCUGACACAAAAACCGUGCAGAAACACUAUGCAAAAGAAUGAAAAGCUCCUCACCCCACAGCCCUCUCUCUUCCCUCUAUUUUCCCCCAAAGUCUCAUACUGAAUGUAAACAAACUAUGAAAAAAGAAUCUAUGAAUUGAAAGCGGAGACACUAUAUGUACUUUUCCUUGUUUGUUUUGUAUCACAAAAUAUUUAUUUGUUUAUUUUUUUUUAAAAAAACUUUAUAAUACUGAAUUUAAAGCACACCCUGGGACCUGCUGGCAAAGGGUUGGUUAUAUUAUUAUUAUUAUUAUUAUUAUUAUUAGCAAUAAUAAUAGUAAUAAUAUAGGUGCUAGCUAUUAUAGGCAUGAGGCCUCUUUUGGGUGCUCUUGGGCUCCAACUUGCAUCAGCCCAACUCAGCAUGGCCAAUGGGUUCUCCUACCUUGCAUAAAAACUUUCUUGUUGUGCGUAACUGUUCAAGAGAUGAGGAAACAAAAGAAAAUUAAAAGAGUGUUGGAAAUGGUGCAUAAUCCCCUGCUUCAAUCUAUUAAACAACACUUUACCCACAAUAUUUUAAAUCCUUGUUCAUAUAGCCGGCCUUCAUUUCAUUGCAGUGCAUUAUAAUCGGUACGGUUGGGUUUGGGUUAAUUAUUUUCUCCUAUCUCUACCUCUUUAAUUUUAAUUUUUUUUCCCCCAGGUCAAACCACUGAACAAUGCUGGUGCUUCUAACACUCUCUGUGUUGAUUUCGCAAUUUUCACCAGCAUCGUUCCAGGGCUCACCGCAAGUUAUACAGAACUUGGAUCGGAAUGCCUGCUCACUGGUUGUAUGUGGACCAGCUGAGAAAGGGUUACCAGGGAUAAAUGGGAGAGAUGGAGUCCAAGGACCAAAAGGGGACAAGGGAGAGCAAGGUAUGGAAAAGGUGACUUCCUAAGAGUUCCCAUUCUUUGAGAAUCAGCUUUUGAUUCACACACCGGAGAGAAAAAAGACAGGAAAUCAUGCAGUCCCACAUAAUUUAAGCAAAAGUGGCUUUUGAUGCAACUUCAUGAUGACCCCCAAUUACAUUGCCUUGUGAUAAAUAUCACUGAGUUUUCAAUGUUAAGACAACCUCUUCUCUGACCAUAACUUAGCCUUAUCCAAUGCCUAAACCACCACCUGAGGGUAAAAGCCUUAGUCUUGUUUGGAGGAGAGGUUGUAAGCCUCUUGCUGCCCUUCCGAGGGAAAGGGGUAUCCUGUUAAAAGCAUCCUGGAGGAGAUGCUUCUAUCCAGAUUCCCAGGUGGGGGCUAGAGCCAUAGUGCCCUUCAAGGUGGAGAUCCUGGCGUAGAUAUACCUAUCUGAUGUAAGUCAUAGGACCUCCUUGCCUCAGGGUAGACCCCAUGGAGAAGAUACUUCCAGCAGGCGGGUUGGUUGUGAUAGGAUAUACCCAAUGCCUAUGACAAACCUCUUAUAUCUGCAACCAAUAAAGCUGUGCUCUUAUUCAACUCAAAAGAAUGUGUCUUGACUGGUUUUUCUCCACUGAUUAGGGGCAGCAGAGGCAUGGCGCCUGGACAUGCAAACAGCGUAAAAAUUCUACCAAGACAACAUAAAAGCAAAGUAGCAUGACAUCAAUAUAAAAAUGAAUCUUAAGUUUUCAAAUUGAUACUAAUAAAGACUGUGUAGGUCCAUCAACAGUGAGGGCUAGAAGUGCAAGACCGCAUGAUGUUCUGCAUUUCUCCUCCUCUCACUGGAUUAAGAGGGACAUGAUGCCAAACAGAGAAGGAAAAGGCAGAAGAGGAGAAAGCAAAUAUAGGGAGGGGAUGGGAAUGUCAUCUGGUGGAUGUAUGGCAACAGCCACAGCCACCUUGAAUGUAGCUGCCUUGGCUAACUUUAGGAUUGCCAUACAUCCAGAAUUUCCCAGACAUACCUGGAAUACUGUAGUCGGAAGCAGUGUCUGGGUGGAAAUCGGCUAAAUGUCAAGGAAGACAUAUGGCAACCGAUGUCAGCAGUGUCAUUUUUGCAACUACAGUGGUACCUCGGGUUACAGACGCUUCAGGUUACAGACUCCGCUAAUCCAGAAAUAGUAUCUUGGGUUAAGAACUUUGCUUCAGGGUGAGAACAGAAAUUGGGUGGCGGCGAUGGCAGCAGGAGGCCCCAUUAGCUAAAGUGGUACCUCAGGUUAAGAACAGUUUCAGGUUAAGAACGGACCUCCAGAAUGAAUUAAGUUCUUAACCCAAGGUACCACUGUAUGGCCAAAAAAGCUCAACAACUUCUCCAUCCAGAUUUUCACUUUUUGAAAUAUGGCAACCUUAGAUAACUUAGCAAUGAUGAUGACCCAAGACUGGAAUCUAUGCAUUGCUUCUUGUGUUAGCAUCUUUAAACUGAAACUGGCAUGAGAGCGUUUCAUUUAACUGAUUUGCCAGUAAUUUAUCAUCCUUGUGUUCAUCACAAGUGCCUCUUGUUCACCCACUUAGUAAACCACUUCCCCCCUCUUUUUAAAGAUUUUAAUAUGAUAUUAUAACAAUAUAUAGCCAAAAACAUUAAGCUGUAUAUCAAACAUGUUUGCUUCCCAUGCAGAAAGAAAGAAAGAAAGAAAGAAAGAAAGAAAGAAAGAAAGAAAGAAAGAUAUAUGAAGGGGGAAAGGGACAACAUAACAAAGACCCUAUAGUAUCGUGCAUAAGUUAAAAGGGGAAAUAUCAUUUCCACUGUCAUUCCAGAAAAGUAAAUACAAGGCCCACCUCUCAAUAAACUUCUCCCUUGGGUUAUUAUGUAUUGCAUUCCUCACAUAUGUAAGCUUUAUCAUUAAGAUAACCCCACUUUUCAUUCUUCCACUUAAUGCCAGGGUUGGCAGGACCAAGAGGAAUUCUUGGUCCUCCUGGAAAAAUGGGACCAGCUGGACCACAAGGAGAAAAGGGGACCCAAGGAGAGCAAGGACCCAAAGGAGAUGCUGGAUCAAUGGGUAAGGAGUGUUGUUGACUAAAUGGAAUUGUAUUGCAUCGAAUUCAACAAAAGCUAGAUAUUAUUAGAAGAAAUCAAACUUCUUUUUAAAUAUUCUUGUCCACAUCUGUCUCUAAGUCUUGUUAGAGGGCCAUCCUGCCGAUUGGUGGCAUCAAACAUUUUCCCUGGAUGAGAGUACAAACCCACCAAGGUGCUCUUCCCUUGCUCCCAGUACAGAACUGGCCCAAGACAUUUUGCUACCUGAGAUGAAAGACAAGAGGGUGCCCAUACCCCAGUCCAUGUACAGAACCUCACCAGACUUCCAGUUGAAACAUUUCAACACUAGUGUUAGGACAGCGUCCUCCACCACUCUGAAGGCAUACCAGAUUGGGACAAUGGCAUGCACAUUUCUAUGGUUCCCAGUUCUAAGGCCCAGGAGCUCCUGAUGCACUACAACUCAUCACAAGAGACCUUCCCCCUUUGGUGUAUAUCUCUGCCUGCUCAAAAAACCUCUUUCUUUUGAGUAGGACCGCGUGGAAUCCGAGGUUUGCAGGGUCCUCCAGGAAGCGUUGGCCCCUCUGGAGCACAAGGCAACAAUGGCCCACAAGGUGAAAAAGGCAUCAAGGGAGAAACAGGUAAUCCUAAGUGAUAAAUAGUUGGAUUUCUGCUAGAGGGUUCAAUAUACCACAGUGGCCAGGAUCCAAAGGAGCAUACAACUACUUCUGCACACCCAGUGGGGUUGGGGGCUUCUGCUUCUCAAACAGCCAUUUGUGAUAUCCCUGGAGUCCUACCAUCCAGCAAAAGAAGUAAAAAGACCUAAAUGUCAGUCCAAGUCCUUAAGCAUGCCUAAGUAGCUUUUUUGGAUCCCAGUCACAGAUUUUAAAAGAAUACACUGAAAAUGUUCACAUCCACCCUGUUGUCCAGAUUCUUAGUAUGGUACAGUUUCCAAGUUAUAAAUGCUAUGUGAAUGGAGAAAGCAACCAUAAAAUGCCCAUACCUCUGAUGUUUCCCUCUAUAUAUACAGUGGUACCUCGGGUUACAUACGCUUCAGGUUACAGACUCCGCUAACCCAGAAAUAUUACCUCGGGUUAAGAACUUUGCUUCAGGAUGAGAACAGAAAUCGUGUGGCAGCGGCAGCUGGAGACCCCAUUAGCUAAAGUGGUGCUUCAGGUUAAGAACAGUUUCAGGUUAAGAACAGACCUCCAGAACAAAUUAAGUUCUUAACCCGAGGUACCACUGUACAUCCAUCGUGGAUGCCAAUGAAAGAACAAGCAAAUACAUCAUAGGCUUACAGCUCUCAAGCUUGACUCCCAUUGUUAGGCAAUUGGCUGAGGUCACAAAAAGAUUGUGAUCUGUGACAGCCAGCUUCUGAAGUCAUGUUCUGGCAACAUGCAAGUUAUAAAAUGUAGUGAUAAAGGCCACUUCAUCAAAUGCAUCUGGCACUAGUCCAGAAAAGCUUGUGCUAUGAUAUAUUUGCUAGUUUCUAAGGCAGGGGUAGUCAACAUGGGAGGUUGUUGGAACCCAUCAGCCCCAUUCAGCAAAACCAAUGGCAAGGAUGGUGUAAGUUGUAGCUCACCUUGGGAGGGAACCAUAUUGCCUCCCCCUGCUCUGCAGUACCAUAGCCUCAUCAUUGUUUGUUUUGGUAUAAGAGACUAACAGGACUACCCCCUAGACGUAAAAUUGUGACUAUCAUAUCCUCGGUAUAAACCAAAGUUAGUAUAUAAACACUGGAGCUAUCAUUUCUGUGAGAAUGUCCAACCUAAGAUGUAGGCCGCCUCUUCCCAUAUGAGCUGAGCCAGACAGUGCAAUCAUCAUCUGAGGCCUUCUUCAUGUGCCUCCUCUACAAGAAGCCCAGAGGACAACAUGAGACCAGGCUCCCUGUUUGUGGAAUGCCCUCCCCAGAGAGGCCCGCCUGGCACCUUUGUUACAUAUCUUAGGCAAAAGCAUUCCUCUUCUCCCAUCCUUUGGCUAAUUAAACCAUCUAUGACAUGCAUAGGCAAACUCAGCUCUCCAGAUGUUUUGGACUACAACUCCCAUCAUCCCUGCCCACUGGUCCUGUUAGCUAAGGAUGAUGGGAGUUGUAGUCCCAAAACAUCUGGAGGGCCGAGUUUGCCUGUGUCUAGUCUAUGACCUUUUAAACUGGACAGGUGGGCUGGUAUUUUGUUACCAUUGUGUGUAUUUUUGUGCUUUUAUAUUGUAAACUUCCCUGUGAUCUUUGGAUGAAGGGCAGCAUAGGAACAACAACAACAACAGACAGACAAACUAGGGCUGAGCUGAAACUAUUUACCUACUUUUGCAUUUGUGAUAAUUACAAAGUACCUUCCAUUUUUUUUGAUUCUCCCCUCCCCAUUCAAUAUUUCUGUAGGUUCAAAAGGAGCUACUGGUGCCCAAGGUCCCAAAGGUGACACAGGUGUGGCUGGGCCCAAAGGCGACAGAGGCCCAGUGGGCGAAAAGGGAGCAAAAGGAGAUGUGGGAGAAAGAGGUAAGUGGUGUGGGCGAAAAGGUGCAUCUGAACAAACAUUUUGAUGGCAUGAGAAAGGUUCCGAAGAGACAACAGAAAUAACUUCUUGAUGUAGUGCAUAGUUAGUUUGAGGGAUUUUUAGCUGGCCACUAACUUAGAUGACUUUUUUUAAAAAAAAAAGUAUAAAACUGGCACUCCCCAGAUUCAGCUCUGAAUUUGAGGAGGACCUCAGCAUAGUGCCCUGGGAUGAAUGCCCUCCUACCUGCAAUGAAAAAACUAUCAUUUUAAAUUCCCCACAAUACCCCUAAUAAAGCAGCACUCCAGGGCAUACUGAGCAUUGAAAAUGUCUGUACUCACUCCCCCCGCCCCCCCCCCCGGGACUGCUGUUUUAAUACUCUGCGAGGCUCCAGAGCUUUCCAUGUCCCUGUAGGAAAUUUAAAAUGGUAACUCGCCUUACCAGUGCCCAAGGGCACUGCCCCAGGGGAGCCAAGGUGUAAUGCCAAGCCCUUGCUCAUCUUCUGCUCAAUGUCAACCUCUGAUACUCCUUUCCAGUUAACGAAAAGAAAAGAUUUGUGAUUUGUUCACACUGCUCCUGCAUACAACCUUUUAAACCAAUUGGCUAUGGCUGUUUAUCAGAUGUUAACAUGCAUAGGAAAACAGAAGCCACCUACCAACUAAUUUGCUAGGGUGUAGUUGUUUUUUUAAAAAAAUCCUGUAUCAAUAAGUUUUUAAUGUUAGACAUCUUAUUAUGUUUUCAUAUGUGCUGGAAGCUGAUCCGAGUGACUGUGGAACCCCAGCCAGAUGGGCAGGGUAUAAAUAAUAAAAAUUAUUAUUAUUAUUAUUAUUAUUAUUAUUAUUCUCUCCAUAGGAUUACAAGGAGCGACCGGUACCCAAGGGCCAGUGGGGAAACCAGGAUCUCCUGGAUCCAAAGGAGAUAAAGGAUCUGUAGGUGACAAAGGGACCAAGGGUGACAGCGGUCUCUCAGGUAAGGAGGGUAGCCUUUCGUUGUUGAUGUUAAAAGUGAUGCAUUAAAAGUGUUAGAGCAAAAUUUGUCUUUUAAGUUGCUGUGCCCUUUUUAGUUGGUGCAAUCCAUGUGAAUUUUGUAACUCUGAUUAUUGAGGGAAAGUUUAAGUGAGCAAUCAGGGUGGAGCUAACUUUUUUUUUAAAAUCACACAACUCGAUUGAGAGUGUAUUUAAUUCCAGACCAUUCUGGGGGGUGGGGUGGGAAUAUUUAUUCUAGUUUGGGCCUUAACAGGAAGGUCUGAAAGGGGGAUCAAGCGAUGGAUACAUGUAUCUGUAUAAACAAAGGCUUCUUUCAAAAAAGGGCAAACGUUUACCGUUGAUGGACAUUAAUACCACUGAACCAUUAAUGGUAUAAUUAAUUCAUACCAUUAAUACACACAUGCAUACACCAACACACAAGCAAAACAGACCUAGUAAGAGAUCACCACCCAAUAUUCACUAAUGUACAAAUUCAUUUCCAGUUGAUUCUACACUGAGAUUAUGUAUUUAAUAUAGCAUAAUAUUAUUCCAUAGAAUUAAUGAAUGAUGAAUUAAUUAAUUAUGGCAGCAAUUGAUUGACUGUGACAACAACAUGUUUAUUGUGUUGUGCCAUUUGUAUUGUCUGGCAAUUUUUACAGUUCCUGGGUGGGUGGAAGUUGGAGAGAGAGGUGGCAUUUGGUUUAACAAAACGUUUCACAUCCACACUGUGUGCAAUAUAUUGUUUACCGCAUAUUACUACAGUACUGAAUCUUGCAGAUGAUGAUCAUUUUAUUAUUUCUCAGAGGUCAACCUUAUGAAAAAACAAGUCAGUGACCUAGAGGGGCAGCUAAGAGCCUUGCAAGCCAGUUUCUCCAAAUAUCAAAAAGGUAAAUGUUGCAUGUAACAGAAACAUUGUGAACCGUCUUUUGCAAUCUUCCUUGGUCCGUUUGGCCCCUUAACAGAGAACCAGUACCAACAUACAGGUCUAUGGGCACAUUAUAUGUGAUAGCACAGGGAUGUUCAUUGUAACCCUUAGAUUCCAGCACAUGCAUGCAUCAUCCCCCUGUUGUAGCAUUAGAGAACCAGCAACAACAUUGUCUUUGCAAGAUUAUGACUGCAGCACAAGCUCAGUAAGCACUGGAAUAAAUUGUGUAGGUUAUCCCUAGACUUUUGCAGCGUUAUCCAAACCCACUUUUUAAAGAUCCGUUUUCCUUUCCUGCAAAAUAAUUGCAACAUUUUGAAAAUUCAGUGAAGAAAAUGUUCUUUUGAAUGUGCUGUAGCCUGGCCAGAGCCAGGUGCACCAUCAAUUUUCAAUUGUCACCUUUGUGGCCACAGCUAAGGUUGUAUGAGGGUUCUCUUGAUUCUACAUAAAGGUAAAGGUAAAGGGACCCCUGACCAUUAGGUCCAGUCGUGGCUGACUCUGGGGUUGUGGCGCUCAUCUCGCUUUAUUGGCCGAGGGAGCCAGCGCACAGCUUCCGGUCAUGUGGCCAGCAUGACUAAGCCGCUUCUGGCGAACCAGAGCAGCGAACGGAAAUGCCGUUUACCUUCCCGCCGGAGUGGUACCUAUUUAUCUACUUGCACUUUGACGUGCUUUCGAACUGCUAGGUUGGCAGGAGCAGGGACCGAGCAACGGGAGCUCACCCCGUCGCAGGGAUUCGAACCGCCGACCUUCUGAUCAGCAAGCUGUAGUCUCUGUGGUUUCUACAUAGGAUGGCAUUAAUCAUCUUGUUGCAUUAUCCAAAUCCAAGAUUUCUAUGGGUUACAAAUAGCAGAGGUUGCCAUCCAUUUAUUGGCUUCGCAAAACACAGUGGCUGACUAUCAACCUGACGCCCACUCCCUUUGUUUGUUUUAGUUGCAGCAUUCCCGGGAGGGCGAAUUGUCGGUAACAAAGUAUUCGUAACCAGCGGCUACGAAGGCACCUUUGAUGACCUGAAGCAAAAGUGUCUGCAAGCCGGGGGCCAGCUGGCCGCCCCCAAAAAUGCUGUGGAGAACACAGCCGUCCAACAGAUAGUUGUUCAGCAUAACAAGUCGGUCUUUCUUGGGGUAACUGAUAUCCAGACGGAGGGGAAAUUUAGGUACCUGAAUGGCGAUGCCAUCGUUUACUCCAACUGGCUACAGGGAGAACCCAAUAACGAAAAGGGCAGGGAGAACUGUGUAGAGGUUUAUGUGAAUGGAAAGUGGAACGACCGGGCCUGCGGGGAAAAGAGGCUAAUACUCUGUGAAUUUUAGGCCAUCUGUUCCAAAAAAGAAAAAGCUCGACCCAGCCACAAGCUUCAAUACUGUGUUUGCUUUUUAUCUGUAGACAUUAAUCAUUAUUUUUUCAAUCCUUUUUUGUUUUAGUCUAUUGACAUAUGUGCACACAUAACAUAGCCAUUGGGCCAGGGCAGACCUGACAGGUUUUAUAAGGGCUGCUGCUGCUGCUGCUCCUCAGCAGAGAGGGCUUCUUUUAAAUUGCUUUUAAUUAUUUUUUUUUAAAAAAAUCCUUUUUGAUUUUUUUUUAGUGUUUCAACUGUUUUUAACUGAGUUGUAAGGGCAUUUUGUGGGAUUUGCCUGGGAGGAGAGGAGCGGGAAAGGAAGCUCCUUCAUGCAGGACCUUUCUUCUUGCUUGUGUUACUGUAUAAAGUACUAUGUAGAUUGAUGGGUUUAUAUCAAUAAAUCAUGAUCCAUUUUCCGCUGAAGACGCACAUUCAGAAUGAAAUGUAAGGUCUUGUAAAUCUGAAGUUGAAAAUGGUUUGUGGGUGUUUUGUUUUUUCCUAAGUGGGGUGCAUUGCUUUUGAUGCGGGUGGGGGGAUUUUUACAUGCACAGGAUAUUUUUAUAUUUAUAUUUUCAAAACUGUUUAUUAAAAGAGAUUUUCUUGGAGCAAACAGAAGUAUUUUCAUCAUAUGAGUAAGCAUUCCUAGGAGCAUUUAUCUGAGGUAGAGAUGGAUUAGAAAGUACUGAAUCAUUUAAUUAACGAGGGCUGGCCAGAACCUGCUUUCCAUUGUUCUGCCUCAUGGUCUACCACUUGUGCAAAUCAGAUCCUCAUUGACAUUCACACCCAAAUAUGGAAACUGACCAGCUAUGCCAUUGCUUCCAAUAGGAUGUACACCAGAAUGCAGGGUGCUGCCUUUCUAUUCCAUUGUGUGAUGCACAUUUGGGCAAACACUGGAAAGACAUACACAUAUUAAAUAGCACAAUGGUUCAUCAUUUCCCCAAAAACUUGCACAACAUUCUCUGCAUCCAGAUAGAUUUCACUUUCUGACUUGCCUGCACUAUAAUUCAUGCUGAUUAUAUUUCUGCUGAUGAAAAAUAAACUGGGUGGAAUUGGACAUAACAAGGAUUUGUGCUAAUGGUUCAUACUCAGCCAAACGACAAUGGCCGGGGUUGGAAAUUUUGGGUAGUAGUGUACCAAGUUUUGCUUAGUUAAUAGAGGAUAUCAUCUUACCUCCCCGCAAACAAAUCAGGAUGAAUGCUCAAUAUGUAGGUAAUUUGGAAAUGACCUCAGUUGAGAAAGUAUUUUGCAACUAUAGGCUGUAAUAUUAGGGCAUCGUUAGUAAGUUAUACAUGUAUGAGUGCAAGGCGAAAGCUGUACAGCCUUGAGCACAGUAAAUCAAACAUCUCUCACUGUGUUUCUAGAGGGUGUUUUAAGAUAAGCUAACUUGCCCUUCUCCAAAACAAAUAUUGACUAGAAAUGUAGUUCAAAUACUGAACAAAAUUUAUUCUGCUUUAGCAAUCUGGCCAAUAUGACAUCUUUUUUUUUACGAUUUAUUCACCUUUCCUAAAGUGGUGGUGGUGGUGGUGGU